AGGCGCCCCGGACGCCCCCGCCGGGGCCGGGGCGCCGAGGGACCUGGGUGGCAGCUCUGCCCCCCGAAUGGCCGCGGCGGCGGACCAGGUUCCCGCGCCGCGGCCCUAGGCGGCCUCUCGCAAUGGCCAAGUGGCUGAACAAGUACUUCAGUUUGGGCAACAGCAAGACCAAGAGCCCCCCGCAGCCGCCGCGGCCCGACUACCGCGAGCAGCGGCGCCGGGGCGAGAGGCCCUCGCAGCCCCCACAGGCCGUGCCGCAGGCCUCCUCGGGCGCCUCGGCGUCCUGCGGUCCGGCUGCUGCCUCCUGUUUCUCGGCCUCUUCGGGCUCUCUGCCCGACGACAGCGGCAGUACCAGCGACCUCAUCCGCGCCUACCGCGCGCAGAAGGAGCGCGACUUCGAAGACCCUUACAACGGGCCCGGCUCGUCGCUGCGCAAACUGCGCGCCAUGUGCCGCCUGGACUACUGCGGAGGCGGCGGGGAGCCGGGCGGGGGCCAGCGUGCCUUCUCGGCCUCGUCCGCGUCGGGCGCCGCCGGCUGCUGCUGUGCCUCUUCGGGGGCGGGUGCCGCUGCGUCCUCGUCCUCGUCCUCCGGCUCUCCCCACCUGUACCGCAGCAGCAGCGAGCGGCGGCCUGCCACGCCAGCCGAGGUGCGCUACAUCUCCCCCAAGCAUCGCCUUAUCAAAGUGGAGAGCGCUGUUGGCAGCGGUGCUGGGGACCCCUCGGGGGGCGCCUGCUCAGGGGGUCGCACCUGGAGCCCGACCGCCUGUGGAGGCAAGAAACUGCUCAACAAGUGCGCACCCUCGGCCGCAGAGGAGAGCGGUGUUGGCAAGAAGGACAAGGUGACCAUAGCUGAUGACUAUUCAGACCCCUUUGAUGCCAAGAAUGACCUCAAGAACAAAGGAGGAAAGGGGGAGAGUGCUGGCUACAUGGAGCCCUACGAGGCCCAGAGGAUCAUGGCAGAAUUUCAGAGGCAGGAAAGUGUCCGGUCGCAGCAUAAAGGUAUCCAGUUAUAUGACACCCCUUAUGAACCUGAAGGCCAAAGUGUCGACUCGGACUCUGAGAACCCCGUCAGCCCCCGACUGCGGGAGAGCAAGCUGCCCCAGGAUGAUGACAGGCCUGCUGAUGAGUACGACCAGCCAUGGGAAUGGAACCGGGUCACCAUCCCAGCCCUGGCAGCCCAGUUUAAUGGCAACGAAAAGCGGCAGUCAUCCCCCUCGCCUUCACGGGACCGGCGGCGCCAGCUUCGUGCUCCUGGUGGGGGCUUCAAGCCCAUAAAACAUGGGAGCCCCGAGUUCUGUGGUAUCCUGGGAGAAAGAGUGGAUCCUGCCGUCCCCCUGGAGAAGCAAAUAUGGUAUCACGGAGCCAUCAGCAGAGGAGAUGCUGAGAACCUGCUGGUUCACAGGAGCAACCAGGGUUUUAUGCACAUGAAACUGGCCAAAACCAAAGAGAAAUACAUUCUGGGUCAGAACAGCCCCCCGUUCGACAGUGUCCCGGAAGUCAUCCACUACUACACCACCAGAAAGCUGCCCAUCAAGGGAGCGGAGCACUUGUCCCUCCUCUACCCUGUGGCUGUGCGGACCCUGUGAGUGGCUGGCCCCGCCCUGCUUUAUGGCAGAGCCUGAAGAAUCUGAGGUCCCUACCAACCAGCCCGGCCACCAGGCUGUGUCCAGUUUAUGUCGUGUGUAUGGUACUAGCACACCACUGCAUGUCUCUAGAAUGCUGUCACCACUUAUGGGGGCUGGAGAAAGCCUGGACAAAGACAGAAGGACAGCCAGCACACCAUCCCGGCCCCCACCCACCCUUCCUUGAGUUUCUGUGAAUUAAAAUAUUUGCAAAUCCAAAGAGAUGCCUCCCAGGAUGAACAGAGGCAGAGCAGUUCCCAGGGUGCGCAGGCCGGACUCCCUGGGUCGCAUCUCUUUGUUCUCCAGCUGUCACGAAUUCACACCUGUGUACGGGGUGAAGUUAUCCCUAUGGGCCCACUGGUGCUGGGAGCCACGUGCUGGCUUUUUUGAGAGCCCAGGGGGCUCCAGGGGCCUGCCCCCACUGAGAGAAUGUGUAUGUGUGUGUCUGUCCGUCUGUCUGGCGUGAGUGUGUGUGAGAACCAGAUCACACACACAGGAGGAAGCCCACUGAAAUACUUAUUCACUCAGUGUAAUCAUUAGGAGAUCUUCAAGGAAUCAUUGUGCAGUCCAAAAGAGGAUUCAAUUAUUUAUGACUAGGGUGUGUAAAUAAAAUAGUCGUUUAAUAUAUA